AUAUAUAUAUAGUCCACUAAUGAGCAUCAGCUGACUUCCCCAGACUGAGUUACAACAAAGACAAGAGAAACCACAUUUCCAAUCUCACAAAGCCUCUUUCUCUUUCUCUUGUAAUGGCUUCAGAUCCGAAGGUUCACGUGUUUGAAGAGGUGGCCAAGCACAACCAGACCAAAGAUUGCUGGCUUGUUAUUUCUGGGAAGGUGUACGAUGUAACCCCUUUCAUGGAUGAUCAUCCCGGAGGAGAUGAAGUUCUGCUAUCUGCAACAGGGAAAGACGCAACAAAUGAUUUUGAAGAUGUUGGUCAUAGUGAUGCUGCCAGAGAAAUGAUGGACAAGUACUACAUUGGAGAGAUUGAUCCAUCAACUGUCCCAUUAAAACGGACUUACAUUCCGCCACCGCAGACUCAGUACAAUCCGGAUAAGACAUCGGAGUUUGUGAUCAAGAUUUUACAGUUCCUGGUGCCCUUGUUAAUCUUGGGUUUAGCCUUUGCUGUCCGUCAUUUUACCAAGAAAGAGUAGUCAUGCUAUUUUAUUUUAAUUUCCCCAUUGUAAGGGUUCUUUUUUCCUUAGUUGAGCAGUUGAAAUGGCAAUUGCUUGUUUCUGGUAUGUUGUUGGUUCACAUUGUUGUUUAUGCGAGUCAUUUGCCUUCUAGUGUCAAUUUGGUUAAGGUCACUGUAGAAUGGUUAAUCUUAAUGGAUGAUCACGAACUUAUAAUGAGCAUAUUUACUUUAUCUA